GUGUUUGUUUCGACAAUAAACUUGCGAUGGUUCGAGUUAAGCACUUUUGGCAAGAUAAUGGCAGGUUAAUUUAUGAUAUAAGUUCGCUUGAAAACAUUACCGUCUCACGCAACAUAGGUUCCUUUUGCAACAGGCUUAAGAAAUGUUUGCAUGAGAAGUACAUGGAACUUCUUAAUAAGUUCGAAGAUUGCUUUCCUAAAAUAAUAACUGGUACUCACUUCUUUUAUUGGAGUUUCAUAAGAAUUAAAAUUGCGAAGUACUAUUUGGAGAUUGGAGACACAUUUAGCGCAAACGAAAUCGUGUAUCCUUGUGUCAAUAGCAGUAGAGCUUGUUCAACUGUUGAUUCACUCAUCCAAAAAAUGACCAUCAAAGGUUCAUCGGAGAUAAAUGUUUUUUCAUCCAGCGAGAUAGUUCUUUUCAACAUGCUUGCUGGUGUUUUUCAAAUAUUGUUCAAUGUACUGGCUAUCAUUCACGUUACAAAUAUCACAAAUAAACAGUCUUUGCCAACUUACAAGGAUCCUUUGCAUUGGCUUUCUUGUGCUCAAAGGGUUUACAGGCUAUAUACACAACAAAGUCCACCUAAUACCGGUCCAGAAUUUCUGGAUAUAUUAUUAUGUUCAAAGUCAAAUCGGAUAAAUGAAGACCAAGAGUCUGGAAGCCUAAACAAACAGAAUCUAUCAGCUUGUCGUUUGAUUUUUGAACAUGAAUACACAAAAACCAUAUUUAUACUCGCACAAGUUCAUCAGUUAAUUGGGAAACGGGCUCAGUCGGCUAAUUAUUGUCAAUUAACUUUGUUACGUCAAUUGACAUUCGGUAAAUCUUUCAAAAAAGCUGUCAAUAACUCUUCUCGUUUACAAAAUAAUAUAAGUCGUAUCAAAUCAGCUCAUUCACUUAGAGAUUUGGAAAAUAGAAAAUUUUCUGAACGACAUCCAUAUUAUCUUUUCCAGAACUUUGAUCCUAUAGAAUGGGCUACAAAUGCUGUCGCUUUAAGCGACUAUUUCUCAUCAGUUGGAAAUCAAAAUAACUGCUAUUAUAAGACGUUCGAAUGUUUAUUAUCAGCUGUUCAUGUUGUGGAAGAAGCUAGGUUUGAAGGCAACAUUCCAUCCAGUCAAGUAGACAAUACUUUAGCAAACAUUUAUCGUAAUCUAGUGAAGAUCAGUCUUGAUCUACUUGAGAAAGGUACAAAACAAUAUGGGAACUUAGCUGAUGAAAGAAUAACCAGUGAAGACUCAGAGUUUAAUAAAUAUCAUGAAUUACAAAACGUUACUAAGUUUGGAUCAAUGUUUAAUUUGGAGCUACAGCCAAUAUUUACUGGAUUAUUAGACUAUAAUUUUAAUGUAAAAAAUUCAAUUUCAAAUGUGAUUCCACAGAAUAACGAUUUAAUUUACAAGUUAAUUAGACCACCUACAAAUUAUGAAACAGCUUCUGGAAUAUUUCGCAUUAUAUUAAAUUGUUUAAUGAAAGCUGAAAACUUUUAUACACUACAAAACCAUUGCACAGAUGCAAUUGCUCUGAUUCAAGAUCGAAGUAAAGCUUAUCGCCUAAUGACUGUUUUCGAAAAGAACAUCAAUAGACAGUGUUGUAUGCAUAAACGACGGAUAGACAUGUUAAAUAAUGUAUUAGGACAACUAAAUCCGGAUCACUACUUACACGUAUGUCGCCAGUUAACAUUCGAACUAGCAGAAGCUUUGGGUACAUUACGUGAUUUGAAAAGGAAACUACUCGAUGAGAUCCCACUAAAAGAAGGUCAAGUUUCAGCACACUAUGCGCGGAAAUCAGAUGAUCUUGCAAAGCGUGCAAUAUCCGUUUAUAGAAAUUUCUUAGGAUUAUACGGAGUUCAGUCUGGGACGACAAUAAAUUUCAGUGACGAUGAUAUAAAACCACUGAUCACAUCUAAAGUACUCAAGCUUAAGACUUUGUCCCCACCUUCGUUUCAACUGAUGCCUUUCUGGCCCGACAACAUCGAAGCCUGUUUUUGCUACGCAGAAGCCGACUUCUCCGAGCACGGCGUGAACGACACACGUGCACAAUUCCUCACAGUAGUCAAGGCAAUACCGCGAGAACUCAACAGGUGACAUGUCUUCAUACUGCUCGGCUCUAUUCUCAACUUAUUUCGACCUGUACUACAGAAAAAAUUCAAAAUUUAACAAAAGCUUUAGAAUUUUAUGUACAACUGGUCGCUCUCGCAGAAAACCAUAUAAAACGUGAUGCCUUGACGCCGAUAAAGGAUUGUGAGGAAUUAAGAAUAGCUAAAGAAAUGGUCGUCUUAUUACCGGUUAAACUCAGCCGACUAUCUCAAGGUGAAAUCUUAUCUGAUUAGCCGAAACCAGGCAAAUAGCUGUCCCUCAUUUAAUGUAUAUAAACUUUGAACUGACUUAUGUUUGUGUAACCGAUUAUGGAAUAACCAUUACCUGGUUCGUGUUUAAAUACCCCAACAUUCGUCCUGUAAACAGUUUUCGGUACCAUGCUCGCCUUCAGUCAAUUUAUUACCUAUAUUACUAAAAGAACUCUGAAUAUCCUUGU